AUGAGAAAGAUAAUCUACGAGUUUGAACAGUGCGACCCAAAGAAAUGCUCGGGAAAGAAGCUCAUCAAGCAGAACAAGGUCCAGGCGGUCAAGAAGAACAGAAGCUUUGGGGGCGUGGUUCUGUCUCCAGAUGCAGACCAAUCCAUCUCACCUGCCGACAGGGAUGUUAUAGAGAGGUUUGGAAUAGGACUUAUAGAUUGCUCCUGGGCACAGCUCGACUCUGUGGAUUUCAGAAAACUCCCAAGGAGACACAACCGCCUUCUUCCGUUCAUGGUGGCUGCCAACCCGGUCAACUACGGCAAGCCUUUCAAGCUGAACUGUGCAGAGGCAUUGAGUGCUUCUCUGUACAUCUGUGGCUUUGAGGAGGAGGCACACGAGAUCCUCGAUGGAUUCAACUAUGGUGACGAGUUUUACAGAUUGAAUGGAGACAUCCUCGACGAGUAUUCGAAAUGCGCCUCGAGCGCCGAGGUGGUAGAAGUGCAGAACAGGUUUCUGGAGAGCCAGGGAAAGGGUAGGCCUAAUGCUCGGGACAUUUACUAG